UGGAAGAGAGCCGCCGCUGAAGGAACGGAGUGGAUCUCUUCUAGCAGACAGGACCCUGCUAACGACCACACCGGACUGAGAGAGAUGCUGUAGUCCACUCUGCUGCUCUCACCGGAUAAAGAACACACUCGUGUCCACCGGCUGAGGAGAGGAGCCACAGCACCGCGGCAAACAUGGAGUCCAUCCCGAACCCUGUCCACCAUGUCGCUGUCUGUUCGCCCAGUCAGACGCCUCACCUCCAGAUCCAUCACUAGGAGCCAGAGCUACACUGGAGUCAACACCUACGACAAGGCCUACAGGAACCUCUCGGUGUUCAGCGCUCCAGGUCUCAGCAGGAAGCCCAGCAGAGCCAGCAGGAUGUUCACCAUGUCCGCCAAGUCCAACCCACCACCUAAGGUUCCUCAACCGGAGCGACUGGAUCAGGUCUAUGAGGCCCUGAAGAAAGGCCUUCAGUCCUACCUGCAGGUUCAUCAGAUGGACUUGGAUAGCCUCAGCAGACAGAUGAAAGAAUCAAAGAGGAACUCCAGACUGGGUUUCCUGUAUGAACUGGACAAGCAAGUGAAGGUGACUGAGAGGUACAUACGACGACUGGAGUUUCACCUCAGCAAGAUCGAGGAGCUCUAUGACGCCUACUGCCUGCAGAGGAGACUCCGGGACGGAGCCAACAAGAUGGUGAAGGCCUACACUGCCUCUCAGAUCAGCAAGGAGGCCAGGGAGAGUUUAGCAGAAGCCAAUAAAGGAUACAAAGAGUACACAGAGAACAUGUGUCUGUUGGAGAGCGAGUUGGAGAACCAGCUGGGGGAGUUCCACAUCAGGAUGAAAGGUCUGGCUGGGUUUGCUCGAUUGUGUGCUGGUGACCAGUAUGAGAUCUUUAUGAAGUACGGCAGGCAGCGGUGGAAGCUCCGCGGCAGAAUAGAGAUCAAUGGCAAACAGGUGUGGGACAGUGAAGAGAUGGUGUUCGUGCCGCUGGUCAGUGAGUUCCUCUGUGUGAAGGUGACGGAGCUGAAGAGCUUAGCCAAUCACGUGGUUGUCGGGAGUGUUUCCUGCGAGACCAAGGAUCUGUUUGCUGCACUCCCCCAGACGGUUGCCGUGGAUAUUAAUGACCUUGGGACUAUUAAACUAAGCCUGGAGGUCACCUGGAAUCCAUUUGAUAAAGAUGACCAGGGGUCAGUGGCAAGCACUGUCAACAAAGCUCCAACCGUCAGUAAGAGACUCUCAACCAUCUUCAACCAGAGUCCUCCUGACACGCCAUCUUUACGUGAACAGGCCUUCUACAACAUGCUCCGCCGUCAUGAAGAGUUAGAGAACGGAACAGCGUGGUCUAAUUCAUCAGAAUCCUCCGAUGACUCCUCCAGUCCUCGGCUCUCUGUGGGAGGGCUACGCAACUCUAUACAUCGCAAGUCAGUGGUGGUAACACCAGACAUCCAGCCAGCUGUGAGCGGGAGUGCCUCCCCACAGCCUGACAUCUCGUUCUGCCCCAGAGACUCCUCCUCCUCAACUCCAAACUCCACCCACAAAGUCUGCACCAUCAGGGAGGUUCCCGACACAUCCGGACACCAAGCACAGAGCGACAGGGAAGAGGAAAAGAGGACGGUCACUGUGAUGACAAGACCUGACAGCGAGGAAGAAGACGCAGGGAAACAGUCUUCCACCACAGCGGAUGGGGCGGCGACCAACAGCCAUGCCUCCCGCAGCUACUCGCGCUCUCUGAGUCACAUCAGUGAAAUCAGCACCGAUGGCAUCGUGUUGACGGACGGGUCAGCCGAAUCCGGAGAGGUGAUGUCUUUGGCUUCAGGGCUCUCCGUCAAUGACAUCGAAAUGGAGCUGCCCAGCAGAACUCCUGAGCCGCCCAGCUGUGCUGCCUCAGACGCUGACAUGUCGCCAACCAGGCUCGCUGUCUUCAAAGAAAACACAACACCUGACGACGUCACAGAUAUACACAGGGAGGAACUGGACCCGUCCGGCUCUGUCCUAUCAUCCUCUCCUCCCAGGACUGAAGUAGUGGACUCUAACACUCUGUCACAAAUGAACACAAACCCAUCGCCAGAGUGCAACACGUGCCCAGAGAGCGUGGACGUGACGUAUGUAGCCCGCCGGGUGUCGGUGGAGGAGGAGACGCCAGGUGAAGGAGCAGAUUGUCUCUCCAGGGAGGGUGAUGAUCCUGUGGACAGUGGGCUUGAAGAUGCCCUGGCAGCUGUGGUUUCCUCUCUGGAUGAUUAUAGAGGACAGUUCCCUGAGUUACAACUACUGGAGCAAGAGCUGAAGCUGCUGCAGGUCACACUAAAGGGCGGUAGGCACAGCCGGUCGCCCAGCGCGGUCAGCCUCACAGUGGAAACGGCUCUGGGCAGUUUCGAUUUCCUCAACACAUCUGACUGGGAGGAGGAAGAGGAGGAGAAGGGCGACAAGAGGAGUAGAAGUGGAAGGUCUCUGCAGGACAGAGGCUGGGACAGCCCCACCUCCCCCCUCACCACAGGCUGCACCACUUUAGACUGCUCCCUGGUGGUCCACCUGGAGAACUGCAGCACUCAGCUGUUGUGUCUGGGUAUGUUCGGCCCGCUGCGCUGUGGGGAGAUGUACGCCUUGGACAGACUGCUGAGGGAGGCUCGAGUCCUGGAGAUGAUCCGACGCAUCACCAAGGACAACCCGAGACGCCUCAGAGCGCCUGCUGAAGUGAUACCACAGCUGGGCCUGUGCCUGGGUGCUGAGUCACUGUGGCAGCAGUGUGUGGGGCAGGGCAGCGUGUACAGCGUGUCUGCUGAGAGCUUCCUGGUUACACUGUCUACACUCUACUCCGGGAUUCUGCCCGAGAGGGCUGGCAACAUGGCCGACACAGUGCUCCUGAGACUGGUCGAGCGGGUGCUGGAUCAGAGGUUACCGCGGCGGGGUGACAGCAGAGACGGAGUGAUGGUGACACUGUUCCAGCUGUGGAGUUACUUUGAGGCCAACGGCAUUAUAGACAUGGAAACACUCAUCACCGAGCUGGCAGAAGAAGUGUGGUUGGUGCAGAGCCUGGCGUCAUGUGACCAGGAGGUCAUCGUGCACGCUCUGCGGCGUCCUGCAGAGUGCAGCCUGAGGAGAGAGGGGCUUCACGCUGUGGCCAAACUACUGAAAGACCCACGAGGCAAAGUGUCGGCAUCUGCCAGCUCUGUGCUGAGGAGCUUGGCUGCCCAGCCCCGACAGAGAGAGCAGGCUCUGGUCAGCUGUUUGGAGCUGCUGGAGGACCAGGAUGUGGACACCAGAGUGUGCGGAUGCAAGGCCUUAGCUUGUCUCAAGGCCAAAGAGAGUAUUGACCAGCUGGUGUAUCUUUGUCGAACGGACAAGGACGAAGUCCGAGAUGCUGCCAAACAAGUGCUGCUGGUGCUCGGUGAGGAAGGGAAGAUGGCCUACAGACACGUGGAGACGUCUCAGGACAGCAUACCGAGACUCUUCUCUCCAGGAAGCAUGGCCAGCACCGCUUUCUAACACACACACACACACACACACACACACACACACACACACA